CAAUAACUUUUAGCUCACAACAAUCCGCGAGGGAACGCCACUGACUCAACUUGGGCUUUUCGCCAACCGCGUGCCCCUUAGUCCUCUCCGCAAGAUCGCCUUUUACAAAGACAAAGAGUCGUCAGAAACAAAGCCAGAGCCUUGACCGACGCAUCCCUGUCGCGCCACUCGCACCUUCAAAUGCCACGAUAGUAUUCAGUGAAGGGCUCUGCCUAGAAACCUCGACAUUUUGACAGCACCCUCCCGUGCCUUGAAUAUGGAUGCGAAUAUGGAGGUUGGACCGGUCAAAGAAGAUGAGGUCCGCAACCCAGACCUCAUGAACGACCCCGAAUAUGCCACGAAUAUAGAUGGGGAUGAUGGUACCGGAGAUCAAGACACAUGCAGGAUAUGCAGAGGGGAAGCGACAGCACAAGAGCCUCUAUUCUAUCCUUGCAAAUGCAGCGGCAGCAUAAAGUUCGUCCACCAAGAUUGUCUUAUGGAAUGGUUGGGACAUUCGCAAAAGAAGCAUUGCGAGCUGUGCAAGACACCAUUUCGAUUCACAAAGCUAUACGCCCCGAAUAUGCCGCGGACGUUACCUUUACCUGUCUUCAUAAAACAUCUCGCCGUUCAUAUCCUGAAGAAUAUCGCAACAUGGAUGAGAAUGUGCCUCGUCACGGUCGUCUGGCUCGUUGGACUCCCUUGGAUGAUGAGACAUAUAUGGGGUCUUUUGUUCUGGUUUGCAGAUGGAGGAUGGUCUUUCAAGCACUAUCAAUUCAGCCGCAAUAUCCCCGAACAACUGCGAAACUCAUCGGAAGCACUUGCGGUGAAUGAGAAGCUAGCAAGCUUGGCUGCGAACGGAACAUCACCGGCCAGUCCUCUCCUGGGAUAUCCGACGACGACACCAAUAAUGUGGGAGGCCUUGACGAAACUCUACGAGCUCGUGGUGUCCCACAGGUACAACAUGAGUUUGCCCGAACCGUCCAUUAUGGGGAUUUUCAACUCCAUUUAUAGCACCAUGGGGCUUCGCGAGUAUGGUCUACCAAGUAAUAUUUCGAACGGAACAACAGAUGCCAUGCUACUGGAGCCAUACCCUGUUUUCAACCAAGCGAUCGUUAUCAAACAUCCUUCUCUCCUGAGCGACGUCUACUUCCUCAACAACCUUACUCGUAGCAAUUGGAUCAACAGGCUUAUAGUGACGUGCUUGGAGGGACAAAUAAUAACGGUAGUUGUUGUUGUAUGCUUCAUCCUCAUAUUCCUAAUUAGAGAAUGGGUUGUACAGCAGCAGCCUGGUAUCAAUAUGGGAGCAGGAUUCAAUGCUGAAUUCGCCAAUCCCGACGCUCGGGAACAACUUCCACAGGACCCUAUAGAAAAUUUGCGCCAGGCCGACCGUGGAGACGUUGCUGCGAUAGAUCGAAUUAUCCACGACUUUGAGGCGAUACAGGAUGUCAUAGAUCGAAGAGCUGAAGACAGGGGCGAACCAGUUCCUGCUCGGGCCCGAAGAAGACUGGGUGGUUUUGAUGAGAACAAUGACAAUCGCGAGGACUCCUUGGCAGCAGCACGCAACCUCGAACAGCAAGAAGCCCGGGCUUCAGAUGAUGAAGGAGACGAAGCCAAUGAAGCACUUUUAGCUGAACUCCCUACCUCGAUUGACCAGAUUGAUGCCACGGAGUUCAUUGCUCUGUGGCGUCGUGCCGAUGGCGAUGCCGACCAAAUCCUUAGACUGAUGGAGGAGGAGGGACUGGGCGAGCGCUUAAAGUACUGGAAAAACGCGUUGGAAGCGUUGCGGCAAGGAGAUGCGGAAUCUGGCGUUGUUGGGAGCCGUCGGAUUGGGGGAAUUCCGAGCAAAAGCCCGGAGCCAGAGAAUGGCGAAGAGCUUGGCGAAAGUUCCCGCAACAUGGACGGCCCCAAGUCGCGACCAGAGAAAUCACGUCUGUUAACUAUGGACCCAACACAACAAGAACUGCACAUUGGAGACACCCUUUAUCAGAAACUUAGGAUCUUCAUUCCGGAACUGGCGGGCAAGGUAACAGGAAUGCUUCUUGAUCUAGAAACUUCCGAGCUACUUGACCUUGUGGAUGAUGAUGAUGCUCUUUAUGUAAAGAUGGAUGAUGCCCUCAUCGUGUACAACGGAUUUCUGAUGGACGAGGGCAAUGACCCGAUCUUGACUAAUGAGAAAGGAAAAGACCAGCUUCUUAGAGAGUUGGUCCUUCGAAAGGCUAGGAGGAUGCAUGUAGAGAGAGCAGAAAAGGUGGCGGAUAUAUUUCUGGAAAUGGACAUUGAAGACCUACUCCACAUCAUCGAGGACGACGUAACGUUCAAAACUAGGACCGAAGAGGUGUUUGCUUUCUACGAACUGCACCUUACUCAGAUGCGGAAAGCUUUCCCUUCCAGAAAGGCAAAAGAUAAAUAUUUGGCCGAGCAUCCUGAGUUUAUGCCGCCAAAAAUUACGCCAUCGUCACCAGAAUUUUCCAAGGCCGAUGCUGCCGAUGGCACUGGCACCCGUCUUAGGUCUCGUUCGGCUUCUGAUGGCUCACAAAGGCUUCCUUCGGCGCUUGCCCGCGACUACUGGGAUUUCGAUGGUCUACCAGAUAAUGAAGAAGAACGUACGAAUGCGGACUCUGCAGCCCCACUUCAAGGAUCUUCCACCGACAGAAGCGUCGAUACCGAUGGGCUUGAAACAGACAACGAGUCACUGAAGGACCAUGCUUCCGAACAGGAUCGCCAUUCUACAAUGCAAGAUGGGUUGGCCGGUGGGGUAGAUGAUUCUGAAAGAAGUACUGGUGACGGAGAACAACCUGAUGAGCCCACAGCCCCCCUGGAUGUAUCCGGUGUAGCCACGCCCCAGGGAGAUGAUGCGCCACCUUUGGAGACCCCGCCACCCCCUCCGGGCCCUAGUAACGGGCAACAACGAAAUCCACCAGAAGGCAUUAUGGGCCACCUAACAGACUGGCUCUGGGGAGAUGUGGAUGGCGCGGCAUAUGAAGUUGAAGGCGACGAUGAACAUGUCGUUGAUGAUAUCGACGCGGAGGAGCCUUUUGUUCCUCGCAAUCGCCGCGAGGCUUUAGACCAUGCGAUUGAUAUUGGAGCACUAAAUCUCGACGAUCCGCGUGAUCUAAUGCAAGCUGUUAUGGACAACCAAGCUGAUGAGCUCGAUCCGAAUGAUCCAAAUGAACUGGAUGAUGCCGAAGACUUUGAUGGUAUAAUGGAGCUUAUUGGGAUGCAUGGACCUCUCACGAGCCUGAUCCAAAAUGCACUAUUCGGAGCAGUUCUCAUAUCGUUAACGGUCGCUCUCGGUGUUUGGCUUCCAUACAAUGUUGGAAAACUGACGCUGCUGUUGACUGCUAAUCCCAUUUCCACCGUGAAGUUGCCACUCAAACUUGUCUUCAAGGCUGCUGCGGUGGUACAAGACCUCACACUGGUUUUAAUCGGCUACAUAUCAUAUGCUCUCAUCCGCAUGGUUUCCAUCUUGAUGGCUUCUUUCACGAUCAAGCCCAACAAAUUAUUUUUGUCGACAAGCGAUACAGCGAACCUGGCCCUGAAUAGCUUAAAAUUUGCCUAUUCUGCGGGAGAACGCGUCACCGGAGGAUUCAUCGGCGCGAUGGCGCAAAUCCCCGACUCUGAGAUCCCCGCAUUCUCAGCCGCAUCCCACGAAUCAUUAAUUCAAAUUCAGUCUUUGUUCUCAAAAAUUAUAGGGUUCAUCACAGGCUCCACUCUCGCCCAGGCCGUAACUUCAAGCACAGGGUCUGAAGCUUUACCCGCUUUUGAUACCUCACAUCUCAGAGAAGCUGCAGCGGCUGCCGGUCAAUCGAUUAUGGCGUUCCUCUCUGCACUUCCAUCGAUGUUGGCCAAAUCGGAAACCUGGGUUAUCAGGCUCAAUGCCCACCCUCGAGCAGAGCCCAUUGACCUUGCACUAUCAUAUUGGGAUGGCACUGAUCGAGCAUACGCAAUUAUAGCGGGAUACGCGGCGUUCAUUUUCCUCGGAGCUGCCUAUAUCAGAAAAGGCUCGCCGUUUUCAUCGUCCCAAACCGGCAAGGACUGGGAGUCUACGAUUAUUGACGUCUUGAACCAGGCUGGUGGAGUCAUGAAGGUCAUCCUGAUCAUUAGCAUCGAGAUGCUUGUUUUCCCACUCUACUGCGGUAUGCUAUUGGACGCGGCAACGUUGCCGCUGUUUGAGAAUGCCACCGUUGCGUCGAGGACGAUGUUUGCCAUCACAUCGCCCCUUACAUCAAUAUUUGUACACUGGUUCGUAGGAACUUGCUACAUGUUUCAUUUCGCCCUCUUUGUGUCCAUGUGUCGCAAGAUCCUGCGAUCUGGGGUACUGUACUUUAUUCGCGACCCUGACGACCCCACAUUUCAUCCCGUCCGGGAUGUGCUUGAACGGAACGUGGGCACGCAACUUCGAAAAAUUACAUUUAGCGCUACAGUUUACGGCGCUCUAGUUAUGAUUUGCCUUGGCGGAGUCGUCUGGGGUCUUUCGUUUGCAUUCAUCGGAGUUUUACCCAUUACCUGGUCUUCAAAUGAGCCGGUACUAGAGUUUCCGGUGGACCUUUUGUUUUAUAACUUUUUGAUGCCUGUGGCGGUCAAGUACUUCAAGCCGUCCGAUGCCGUCCAGGCUAUGUAUUCAUGGUGGUUCAGACGAUGCGCACGACUUUUACGGCUUACGUGGUUCCUCCUUGACGAGAGGAUGAAUGAUGAGGAGGGCUAUUUCCCUCAAUGGAAUUACUCGUGGAAGCGCAUACGCGGCGACGACCUCUUCAAGGACGGCAAGCCGCAUCCCGAAAUCCCCUUUGUUAAGAACGGGCGCUAUGUGAGAACGCCAGACUCGGACAUGGUCCGCAUCCCCAAAUCCAGGAACGCUUUCCUGGAGGUUAACGAGAAGAACCAGCGGAUUGACGGCGAGCCCGACCCCGAGGAGGGCCUACACGGAACAAAGUCGAAGCUCUUCAAGAUGGUCUACGCACCACCGUGGUUCCGUACCCGCAUCGCAGGCUUCAUCUUCCUCCUCUGGCUCUUCGCCGCCCUCACCGGCUGCUCGCUCACCCUAAUCCCCCUCGUCUUCGGACGGUGGGUAUUCAACGCCAUCCUCCCCUCCGAAGUCAAGAAAAACGACAUCUACGCCUUCUCAAUGGGCAUCAACAUCCUCGGUGGCCUAGUCUACUGUCUCAUCAACCUCCGCCCCGGCGCCGUGGCCCUGCACACCGCUGCAGUGGCCAACACCCGCGCUCCCGCCGCCAUCCUCCGCAAACUGCUCGCCCUCUUCAUCCGCACUCUUCGCCUCUCUUACGCAUACGGCGCCUUCGUCGUCCUCCUUCCCACACUCGCCGCCGCCCUUGUGGAAUUCUACCUCCUCAUCCCGCUGCACACCUACUUCGCGCCCGGCUCCCGCCACACCAUCCGCUUCGUCCAGAGCUGGACCUUGGGUCUGCUCUUCGUCAACCUCGCUCGUCGCGCUAUACUAUGGUAUGCUGAUUCUCGACCCGCGGCUGCACUUCGUGCCGUCGUGCGUAGGGGGAUGCUGGAUCCAGAUGUGCGACUCGCGACGCGAGCAUUCAUCGCGCCCCUUACCCUCAUCGCGGUGCUAGGACUCGCAGCGCCAAUGGCGUGCGCGUGGACUGUCAACGCGCUGGGUUUGUUCGGGUCGACCGAAGAAGCGAGGACACGGGUGUAUCGAUACGCCUUCCCGGCUAUGACAGCGGCGUUCGCGCAGGUUCAGGGGCUGGCGGCUGCGGCGGAGGUGGUCAGGGGGUGGAGGAUGAGUAUUAGGGAUGAGGUGUAUUUGAUUGGGGAGCGGUUGCAUAAUUUUGGGGAGUCGAGACGGAAGGGGAGUGUGGGGAUUCCGAGUAUGGGGAGGAUUGAGACGUAG